AUGCCUACAUCAGAUCUGGCGCAGGCGCUCAUGCCUCCGACCAAGCAACAGAAGAACGAGGAAGUUGUCAAGGCGUAUGCUGCGUUCCUGUGUAGUCUGAUACUCCUCGUCGUCGGUGUUUGUUGGUUGCGGGAAGUCUGCAAUAAGGUCGAGACCCCAGCCCAAGAGUCAAAAACACCAAAUGGACCGAGACGCCUGGCAAGAUGGGCUCGGGCUCAAAUAUUUCGAAACUUAGAAAGACGUUCCAAAUGGGAGUGGUUCGGUAAACCUUCAGUUGGAGUCAUCGCCAUAGUCACUGUCUAUCUCGUAUGCAACACCACUCUCUCAACAACUCACUUCGCCCUCCUCCAACUCAAUCACUGGGCCUCUAGAUUCGGAUGGAUGAGUGCCGCAAACAUGGCAUUGUGCGUCUUCUUCGGACUUAAGAACACGCCACUUAGCCUGAUGGCAAACACCUCGCAUGCGCAGCUCAACCUCUAUCACCGCAUAGUAGGCUACACCGCAGUCUUCCUGAUGGUCCUUCACGCCAUCUUCUACACCAUCCACUUUGGUGUACGCCUCGGUCGUUGGGAAACCCUGUUGAAAAAAGAAGACAUCGAAGGCAUGGGCGCCGGCGUCGCCAUGCUCGUCCUGCUACUGGGCGUCGCACGGCACCGGGGCUACGAAGUCUUCUACAUCAGCCACAUCGUCGGCUUCGUCGCGGCCGUCGUCCUGACCGCCCUGCACAGGCCGAACUGGGCCAAGAAACUGCCCCUCGUCAUGUCGCUCACCUUCACCAUGUGGAUGUGCGACCGCGCGAUCCGGGCCGCGCGGAUGCUGCGCAACCUCGUCAACAACCACGUCACGCUCCACCCGCUCCCGGACGGCGGGACGCGGCUGCUCCUCGCGAAGCCCGGCGUCGAGGACGCCGUGCCGGGGACGCACUGCUUUCUGUGGAUUCCGCGGGUCCAUCCGUACGAGAACCACCCGUUCACCAUCGUCGACAACGGGCCCUCGGGCCUCGAGCUCGUGAUGAAGUCGCAUCAGGGCUUCACGAGGGCGGUGGGGAGGUUCGCGGCCGGACACCCUCGACGGCGGCUGUGGGCGUCCGUGGACGGGCCGUACGGCGCGCUCCCAAGCAUGGAGGAUUACGACAAGUUGGUUUUCGUGGCCGGAGGGAGCGGCGCGGCGUUCACGUUCGGUCUCGUCAAUCGCGUCCUCCGGCAGUGUGACGGCUCGAAACUCAAGCCGGUCGAGUUCGCAUGGACGGUGAAGCGGAAAGAGCACUUAGCUUGGUUCCAAAACCACCUGCAACGACUGAGGCGAGCCUCGCCGACGGCCGCCAUCAGGCUUCACAUCACGGACGAGAAGUCCAAGACGGACUCGGACACCGCGCCGACUGCUGCUCCCGAGUCUCAGCACCACAGGAACACACCGACAACGGGACUUUUGUCAGAAGCGGGUACCCUGAACUACGAGACCGUGUCGGAGUUAGGCAACGCAGAGAGUCUGUUGUCCGAGGCUUCGCUCUGCAUCGACGAGCAGCUGUUCGACCUCAGAUAUGAGAGGAUGGACGUUCAAGAGGUGGUCGCGGACGCGAUGAGGACAGUCGAGGACCACGAUAGAGUCCUGAUCGCGACCUGCGGGCCCGAGUCGCUGAUGGACGCGCAAUACGACGAGGGCAGAGCGAGGGAGCUGAUCCCUGCCCUCAACACCCACCUCGAAGACCUCCGGCGCCUGCUGGCCCAGUCCAAGUCGCUCGCCCGCGACGUCCAGUUCCAGGUCACGCCGCGCAACCAGCGGACCAACAAGGCGCUGCUCGUCAACUCGGUCGACCUCGCGCCCGUGAACCAGGUCCGCGAGCAGUUCCGGGAGAACGUCGACGGGUUCUGGGCGGUGUCCGGGUCCGGGGGCCACGCCAACGCCGAGCUGCGCCGGCGCGUGGCCUGCGUCGUCGUUUUCCUCCGGUCGAAGCUGGAUGCCCAGGCCUCGGUCCCGCCUCAGGUCGCCGGGAUCUUCUCCGGCCAGCACAACUACACGGAUGUGAGGAAUGCGGGGAGGAAGUAUAUCCAGAUCGCCCGGAAACUCGGGGGGUUAGGGUCGAUCUUGUGGCUUCCGCUGGACAUUCCACCCUCGACAUAUGAAAGAUACUUAAACAUAGAUGACGAGGAUGUAUUCAGCCAUCUGCAGUCUUUAGCCCCGCGAUUUGAGGAUUAUACCGUCUUCGUGCAGCGACUUAUUCUAAAUCCCUCCUUAUCAUCGUCGUAUUAUAAUCUUAUCGUAGACUACGCCGAUAUACUCCCAGCCUCCGACCAGCUUUUGCUUCUCGUAUACGCCCUCGGCGGCUCCUCCAUCCCCGAAGACCUGUUGAAGUUCGUCCGCUUGCCGCAGCGCCGGUGGAACUCGGAAGGCGAGAUCGAGAGUACUAACGCGACCGCAUUUGGACUCCCUCCUGAGCUUACGAGUCUGUUGUCCGACGACAUAGAGCUGUCCCUCGCGACAGAAAAUCCAUACAUCAUGAAGCACACUCUGAACGACGAUGUCUCCGCAUUAUCUCUUUCUCCGGAAUUCGCGGCAUCGCUAUCGAGGGCCCUGCUGCCUAAAGCAGUCGACGAGCUGGGAGCCACGGCCUUGAAGUUCAUGUGUUUUAUUUGCCCACCGUGUUACGAGGGUAACACAGACUGGUCUCCAACGCUCAAAGAAACGGUCUGGAACACGAUGGACAGAGCAAUAACAACAUACAAAGUACAAUCUUCGCUCCGAACCCAAGUCAUCGACGCCAUCCUCUACUACGCCGAGAGGGACUCGGUCGCCAUGCGGCGCGUCGCGGUCGAAAAAGCCAAAACCUUCCUCCGGAAGUCGAUGCCGUACCAGUACCACGCCUCCGUGGUCCUCUUCCGCAGCAACAUCUACCGCAUCGACGGCGAGUUCGCGAAGUCCGAGGCGCUCAUCCGCGACUUCGUCUGGCGCGGCCCUCACCCGUCCACCCGCUUCGACCACGCCCUCCUCGGACGCCUGCACAUCUCCCAGGUCGAGAACAAGAUCAAGUGCUACGACAACGACGUCUCCUCCUUUAUCUACAAGUGGCAGGCCGAGCAGCCGCUCUCGACCCUCGACAUCGAGGUCACCUUCCGGCUGCAGAGCACCGCCGCCCGCUACUUCCACUCCAUCGGCGACUUCGACGCCACCCGCGACUCCCUCGAGCAGUCCCUCUCCCUCGACAACACGAAGCCCAUCCGCCGCAACACCCGCCGUCUCCUGGUCGGCAGGCUGGCCGACAUCUACUGCAACAUGCGCGAGUACUCCAAGGCCGUCGACCUGCUGCGGCCCGAGCUCGACGAGACCACCGACGCCGAGCGGCCCCGGCGCGGGUUCCGCCGGCUGCUCCUGGCGUCGCUGGAGGCCAGCAUCGGGCUCAUGAGGCUGGACGACGCCGAGGCCGCCGUGAAGGAGCUGGCGGGCUACGAGCCGGCCGCCAUCGACAACCUGCACGACCAGCAGCUGCACAUGCGACUGCUGGUCGCGGCGGCGCGGAUCGCGCACCUGGACCCGGGGCGUCGCGGCGGCGCGGUGGCGUUGUGGGAGCGCGCGCUCGAGGACGUGCAGCGCAUGCACACCAUCGGGUCCGGGGGCGGGUUCACGGCGGCACUGAUCUACCUGUCGCUCGCGCACGCGCGGCUCGCGGCCGGGGACCGGGACGGGGCGCGGCGGGCGUGGGCGACGGGGGCGGAGAUCCUGCGGACGGAGAGCUGCGAGUUCUGGCUGCCGACCGUGCCGAACGUGUGGCUGCAGAGCAUCGCGAGGGAUGUGCACGAGACGCAGGGGUGGACGUUCCGGAUGAUGCAGCCCGGGGGCAGGCCCGACGUCACGACUCCGUGA